AUGAGCUUGAAAAUCAUCUGGUUAGUUCUUAGCUUGUAUUUUUCACCGUUUGUGGGCAGCUUGGACAACUAUACUAGUGAUACUUUGGAUGCAUUUCUUCAGGAUUUUGCUUUCAAGUCCUUGGUUCGACACCGGCCUCACACUGGUGCUCUAUACAAGGGUCUGCUUCCUGCCAAUCUAUCAGGCGUAGAAGUUUCAAUAGUACGAAUCAGAAGCCGGACAUUGUGGAGCAUUGGUGCUAAUUUUAGCAACCUUCAAAUUCCAUCAAGAACCAUGACAUUGCCACAUGUGAAGAGGCUGGCUAUAGUUUAUCAAGACUUGGGCAACUGGUCUUCUUACUACUACAGGGUUCCAGGUUACUCAUUGAUCACUCCUGUUAUUGGUUUUAUGGUUUUCAAUGCAACGAAUGCAAGAGCCAAAAGUAUAAAGAAGAUUAGCCUCGAUACAAGGGGAAAGGCUAUAGUAAUUCGUUUCACCAAUUCAACGAUUACUGAGAGCAUGAUGUUCUCAGGAGCAAAAUGCGUGACGUUUAGUGCUAGUGGGAUAUUUCACUUUAGUGAAAUCAACCAACUUAAUGAAUGCCAUUCUCAAGAUCAGGGCCACUUCUCCAUUGUGGUUCCACAAGAGAGGAAAGAAAAUAAGAAGCAGAGUUCGUGGUAUUUGUGGGUGAUAGGAUUCAUGAUUGGAUUUGGUGUAGUGGCUUUUCUAGGAUACUCUGGGAUGGUGUCUCUGAAACUCUUGAAAACAAAGAAGAUUCAAGUAAUGGAGAGACAAGCCGAUGAAGAUUUGGUUCUUGAGACUAUAUGGGUUGGAAGUAGUAAAAUGCCUUCGGCAACAGUAACAAGAACUCAACCAAACCUUGAGAAUGGAGGUUUUUAA